AUGGAUCCAGUUGUGGGCCUGGUGCUCUGUCUCUCCUGUUUGCUUCUCCUUUCACUCUGGAAACAGAGCUCCAGGAAAGCGAAGCUCCCACCUGGCCCCACUCCUCUCCCUGUUAUUGGAAAUAUCCUGCAGUUAGAUGUUAACGACAUCAGCAAGUCCUUAAUCAAUCUCUCAAAAGUCUAUGGCCCAGUGUUCACUCUGUAUUUGGGCUUGAAGCCCACCGUGGUGCUGCAUGGAUAUGAAGCAGUGAAGGAAGCCCUGAUUGACCUGGGAGAGGAGUUCUCUGGAAGAGGCCAUUUCCCAAUUUUUGAAAGAGCUAGUAAAGGACAAGGAAUAGUGUUCAGCAAUGGGAAGAGAUGGAAGGAGAUCCGGCGCUUUUGCCUCAUGACCCUGAGGAAUUUCGGGAUGGGGAAGAGGAGCAUUGAAGAUCGUGUUCAAGAGGAAGCCCGCUGCCUUGUGGAGGAGUUGAGAAAAACCAAUGCCUCACCUUGCAAUCCCACUUUUAUCCUGGGCUGUGCUCCCUGCAAUGUGAUCUGCUCCAUUAUUUUCCAGAAUCGUUUUGAUUAUAAAGAUAAGAAUUUUCUUAACUUGUUGGAACUAUUGAAUGUAAACGUCAAGAUUCUGAGCUCCCCAUGGGUGCAGGUCUGCAAUAAUUUUCCUGCUUUCAUUGAUUAUUUCCCAGGGAGUCAUAACAAAUUACUUAAAAAUGUUGCUUAUAUAAGAAGUUAUCUUUUGGAGAAAAUAAAAGAACACCAAAAAUCUCUAGACAUUAACAAUCCUCGGGACUUCAUUGAUUGUUUCCUGAUCAAAAUGGAACAGGAAAAGCACAAUCAACAGUCUGAAUUUACUAUUGAAAAUUUGAUAACCACCACAUCUGAUUUAUUUGCUGCUGGGACAGAGACAACGAGCACCACCUUGAGAUAUGGACUCCUACUUCUGAUAAAGCACCCAGAGGUCACAGCUAAAGUCCAGGAAGAGAUUGACCGUGUGAUUGGCAGACACCGGAUCCCCUGCAUGCAGGACAAGAGCCAUAUGCCCUACAUGGAUGCUGUGGUGCAUGAGAUCCAGAGAUACAUUGACCUCAUCCCCACCAACCUGCCUCAUGCAGUAACACAUGAUACUAAGUUCAGAAACUACCUCAUCCCUAAAGGCACGACCAUAUUAACAUCUCUGACUUCUGUGCUGCAUGAUGAUAAAGAAUUCCCCAACCCAGGGGUGUUUGACCCUGGCCACUUCCUAGACAGGAGUGGCAACUUUAAGAAGAGUGACUAUUUCAUGCCUUUUUCAGCAGGAAAACGGAUAUGUGCGGGAGAGGGACUGGCCCGCAUGGAGCUGUUUUUAUUCCUGACCACCAUUUUACAGAAAUUUACCCUGAAAUCUGUGGUUGAUCCAAAGGACAUCGACACCACUCCAGUUGCCAACGGGUUUGCUUCUGUGCCACCUUCUUAUCAGCUCUGCUUCAUUCCUGUCUGAAGAAGCGCAGACCAUCUGGCUGCUGGUGUGCUGUCA